AUGACAAAAAGACGUUUCAAAAACGCGAAACCUGUUGGAGCAAAUUCUUCUUUAGGUAAUUCGUUAGUUAAGAACAUUGAAGAAAAACGUAAAACAUAUGUCAGGAGUCGUAAAGACUCGGAUGGAGCACAAUUUCAAAAUUUAAAUGAACUAAAGGUUGAAAAAAAUGUUGAUUCAAAGACACAUGAACAUACGUUAGAUGAAUUUAUGGCUAGUGCUGAAUUAGCUGGUAAAGAGUUUUCUGCAGAUAGGAGUCAAGUCAAAAUACUUUCUCUUGCAGAAACAUCAAUAGUAGUCUCAAGAAAAUCUUUUGAUAUUACAGAAGCACAAAGAAAAGAAUUAGAAUCAAAUUUACCCAUUCCACGACGUCCUUAUAAAGUUAAAUGGGAAUCUAAAGAAGAACUUAUUAAGGCUGAGAAUGAAGCAUUUUUGGAUUGGCGUAGAAAACUUGCUGAUAUUCAAGAAAAGUCAACGGUAAUGUUAACACCAUUUGAAAGAAAUUUGGAACUUUGGAGGCAACUUUGGAGAGUUGUUGAGAGAAGUGAUGUUAUUGUUCAAAUAGUUGAUGCUAGAAAUCCAUUAUUAUUUAGAUCUAGUGAUCUUGUUAGUUAUGUUUCAGAAGUUGAUCAUCGUAAAAGAAACAUCCUCCUUAUUAAUAAAGCUGAUCUUUUAACUAAAGAGCAAAUAGAAGAAUGGAAAAAGUACUUUUUAGAUAAUAAUAUAUCUGCUGUAUUUUGGUCUGCAUUAUCAGCAGCAAAAAAAAAUGAAGAAAAUAUGGCUGAAUUUAAUGUUGAUAAAUUAUUAGAAGCUCUACCUGAUACAGAUGAUGAAGUGUCAGAGGAUAUACCAACCACAUCAAAACAGGAUGAGAAUUGUUUAGUUAAAGAAGAAGAAUUAUUAUAUAUAACGGAUGGAAAUAAACUUAUGGAUUACUUUAGAAGUUGUAUAAAUCCAGAAUUUGGUGAACAUCAUGCAACAAUAGGAAUGGUAGGUUAUCCAAAUGUUGGUAAAUCAUCUACAAUAAAUUCAAUUCUUGGAUCUAAAAAAGUUUCUGUCUCAGCAACACCUGGUAAAACGAAACAUUUUCAAACAUUUAUAAUUGAUGAUAAACUUACAUUAUGUGAUUGUCCAGGUUUAACAAUGCCAUCUUAUGCUUUAAAUGCUGCUGAAAUGUUAAUAAAUGGUAUCUUACCAGCAAAUCAAAUGAAAGAUCAUUUUGAGGCUGGGUGUUUAAUAGCUGCACGUGUACCUAAAAAAGUAUUUGAAGUAACAUACUCAAUUAUAUUACCAAAAACAGUAGAUUUUGAAAAAGAUGAUGGUUAUACAAAUGGAAUGGAUCUCUUAACAACGGUCGCUUUUGCUAAAGGAUACAUGUCAAAUUCUGGAGUUCCUGAUUAUAGUAGAGCUGCAAGAUUAAUAAUGAAAAAUGUUGUUGAUGGUAUUAUUAAAUGGGUUAAAGCUCCUCCAAAUGUGAGUCAGAAAACUUUUGAUAACUGGACUUACAAAGAAAUUUUAUGUAAAAAGAACAAAGGAAAUAAAUUUGUUUUAGACCAGAUAUCUAAAAGAAAUCUACUUGAAGGUAAUACUGGAAAAGUGAAAUCACUUGACAGUAAAUUCUUCGACAGUGAAGUAUCAACUAUUCAUACAAAAGAAAAGUUUAUGCCUAAAAAAGGAGAGAAUGGAAAGAUAUCUUUAAAGAAACCGAAGAAAAUUAAACUAAGGAACAAAUUUAGUCAUCUUGAUGGAAAAAAAGCUUUCAAAAUGGUUAAGAUAAUGAAAUCUGGUAAAGUUGUCCUUGUCCUUCGUGGACGUUUUGCUGGACGUAAAGCUGUUGUCGUCAAGACUUAUGAUGAUGGAUCUAAUGAAAAACCAUAUGGACAUGCCCUUGUUGCUGGUAUUGACAAAUACCCAUUGAAGGUUACCAAAAAAAUGGGAAAAAAGAAGGUUGCUUCAAGAUCUAAGGUUCGUCCAUUCCUUAAAGUCAUCUCAUACAGUCAUGUCAUCCCUACCAGAUACUCUCUUGAAUCUGAAUUUGACAAAAACUUAGUUAACAAGGAUGCUGUCAAAGAACCAAAUACCAAGAGAAAGGCUCUUGCCUCAAUUAAAAAGGAGUUCGAGGAAAAAUAUAAGACUGGAAAAAACAAAUGGUUCUUUACUAAGCUUCGCUUCUAA